UACACAGUACAAAUUGUUGUAAUAUAAAUAUAAAUAAAAACACAUUUUAAGUGUUUUUCUUCACACAGGUAGGAUGUGACCCACGCAGCCCACAUCCUAGGAGAAAAUGUCAAAUUUCCGAGAAAGACUGUGUGUGAGCUCCAGGAUCCCAGGGUGCUGGUUUAUUCUUGUUCACCUGGUUCUGCUGGCCCCACCGUGUGUGGGAUUCCUCCCAAACUUUUGGUCUCGGGUUUUAACAAUGUCCUGGGACUCACAAACUCACCAAUACAUCACAGAGCAGGCCGUUCUCAAUGUCACCAUGGAGACAAUCAAGGCUACCGUGAAUCUCCAUGACAACCAGGCAGAGGAGCAGAUGAGACUGGGCCGCAGCUUCUGGCGAGCUGUAGGGGAAGUGGUGAGGUCUAAUGCGGCAAUGGACUUCCUGAGCUCCACCAGGUCCGACCCGGUGUACCACUUUGAUUCAGAGCGGGUAGAAAGCGCCGUGGAAUUGCUGCGGCAGUUCUGGACUCAUACUUUGCUGUCAAUACGGGCCAAAGAGUACCAGAGCGCUCGCCGCAGUCUGGGCCAGCUGUUUCACUCCCUGCAGGACUUCUACAGCCACAGUAACUGGGUGGAGAUGGGUCAACAAUCCAUAUACCUCCACCUCCUGCAGCCAGAGGAGCCCGCCAUCCCUGUGGCUAAAGAGGACACUCCCACCUGUAUGGAAUGUGUCGGCGCCACCUGCAGGAAUAAUCUCCUACCAAGACUAACCAAAGCCCCGCGUCCCGCUCAGCUGCUCACCACCGGUUACUUCAGCACCUCCCCUCCAAAACCUCAGGGAAAAUGCAGUCAUGGAGGUAUUCUGGACAGCAGUCGUCAUCAGGGGGCUAGAGGGGGCAUCAACAAAGACAGCACCUCCCCUCUCUUCUCGCCUCACUAUCAUCUCCACGCGGAAGCUGCUCAUUUGGCGAGUGAAGCCACCAUGAGCGUACUGAGAGACCUCAGGGAUACAGUCGGCCACGAAACUUUCCUCCGACUCUUCAGUGUCCAGCAGGAACCGGCCUUGGUCUUUGUCAUGGACACCACGGGCAGCAUGUUUGAAGAGAUCACAGCGGCCCGCCUCAGGGCUCACUCCAUCAUCCAGAACAGAGCUCACAGCCGUGGGCAGCCGGGCACCUUCAUACUGGUACCCUUCCACGACCCAGGUGUAGGACCGGUGUAUGAGACUGAAGACCCGAACCAGUUCAUGAUGCACCUGGAAAACCUGAUGGCACUUGGAGGUGGAGACGAACCGGAGAUGUGUCUUUCUGCCGUUCAGCUGGCACUUACCCAGAGUCCACCUCUCUCAGAGAUCUUUGUCUUCACUGAUGCCUCGCCUAAAGACGCUCACCUGUUUGACUCAGUAAAGGCCCUCACACUCGAAAAACAGAGCAAGGUGACUUUUCUCAUAACCAAAGAUCCGAGCCAUACUGCUGCGGGGAGAGGGAGGAGAAAGAGGAGCAGAGUCAGGGAGUAUUUGUCUCCUGAUCGUUUCUCGCUCUAUUCCUCGCUCUCUGCUGUGUCUGGAGGACUGACCAUCUUCACCACCAAGGCUGACAUCCACAAAGUCUCAGCCAUACUGGAGGACAACACGGCGGCUGACAAGGUGACGCUACUGCAGGUGGAAAACGCCCAGAACCUCAUCUCCACUCAUGCUUUUAAGGUUGACCGCUCUGUGACGAACAUCACAGUCCACGUCACUGGCACCAUGAUAGAGUGUGUUCUCACCAACCCUUCAGACCAAAGCCAAGCUCUGUUGAGUGAGAGAGGCCCUCUGGCCGAGGUGGAGCAGUUUGAAGGUCUGUACCGCAUCAGUCUACGUCCUCCCAUCGAGGCAGGCCGGUGGAGAGUCGACGCCAAGAGUGACGGACGCCUCACAUUUAAAGUGAUAGGUGACAGCAGGGUAGAUUUCCUGUAUCACUUUGCUACUGUAACCAAUGAGACACACCCGGGUCUGGCCAGAGUGGACGGCAGUCCAGUUGCAGGUGCCCCUGCCUAUCUCGUCAUGGCCGUUACAGGCCUGGGUCCAGAUGAGGAGGCAACAUUCAGUCACGCGACACUGCUGGGGCCACAAGGGGAGGCUCUUCAGCAGGUGAAGCUGAACUCUUCCUCCUCCUCCUCAACUCCAUACUCUGUAGAUGAGCUGGUUGGGCUGGUGGAGUCAGUUCCCAGAAUUCCAUUCAGCAUUCGACUUACUGGCAGAGAUGGAAGAGGAAACACACUGGAGAGAGUUUCCACGGAGAUGGUACAGCCCACUCAUGUCCAGAUACAGGUGUUGUCUGCCCCUCAUCUGGUUCCCGGCCACAGCACGAUGGUCACUUUCAUGGUCUUAAACCGUGGCCCGGCCCGUCUUUUCAAUCUGAGCAUGGACGAUGAUCAUGGUUAUCUUCAUAAGAGAGGAUCUCACAGAUUCCAUGUUGCAGAUCAGGGGUCUUUCCGGGGGGAGGUCGACCUCCACACGCCGGCCGCAGCUCAGGUGGGAUCGACCGUCACCCUUACGCUCACCGUACGAGAUCUUGACUCCACAGACUCCAAUUACGCGGUCACUUAUCUGACCGUAGUCCCUCCGGACCCCGACACCACACCACCGUCCUGCUCUGAGGCCGGACGACAGUCCACCUGUUUGUCCGUUUGCAGCGAGUCCACGUGGAGCGUGUCUCUGGUCCUGUCAGACAGAGGGCGCUCUGGUCUUGCUGCUCUCCAGCUACAAAAAGGUGAAGGUUUUCUGACUUUGUUCCUCAGCCCCCCCCUCACAGAGGAGGGUGUUGGGGGCACCAAGAGGGGCCCUGACCAGCACCAGGGACACCAGGACCAGAGACCCAAUGGGGGCCACACCCGCCCCCACCCCCACCACCACCAUCACCAUCACAAUCCCUACAAGGCCAGAGUAGAACGAGGAGACUCCCCUCUGAACGUGUCUGACUGGCUCCAGGGCUCGUCUCACCCACUGUGGGUGAGGUACACGUCCAGCUGCUGCUCCUCUCGGGCAGAGCUGCUGGUGUGGGAUACCGCCGGAAACAUGAGACGCUGCCCCCUAUCGACCGGUCAGCACAGAGAACAAGGGGAUCAGAGCACAGAAAUCAGUGGAGCGGCGUUGGUCAGACUCACUGCUGUCCUUCACGUGUUUCCUGCGCUGCUCUGGUUUCUCUGACUGUGCAGGAACACGAACCACCUCUGCUCACUGAACCACAGAUAUAAAAACAUUAAAAACUUCAACUGUCCCUCGAAUACUGACGCGUCUGUUCAAACCACAGACACAGAGAAAGACGAUCAUUUGAAGAAAAUCCUGUAGAUUAAACGCUUUGGAGAAAAAGAGCUGUAUGACUGACAAAUGUCGUUUGUUCUCCUGCUGUGGUGAAAAAUGCACUGAAUAAAUAAUAGUUUUGGGUCCGUUUUAAUCACCUGCUGUUUUUCGUGUGUCGACAGCUGUACUAAAUGCCCGCAGAAAACUUUAACAAAAAAUGAAGGUGCGUUACUUUUUAUGUUUAAAUCACAAAUAAUUAUUUUAUGAGAUUAGUUUUUACUA